AUGAACGGGUGUAAGAUCUUGUCCAUGGAAACAUAUGGACUCAAAUUCAUCGACUCGUAUAGUUUCUUAACCUUUCCAUUGGCCAAGAUGCCCUCCGCUUUCGGAUUGAACGAAUUGAAGAAAGGUUAUUUCCCUCACUUUUUUAAUACGGAACAGAACCAGAAUUACGUGGGACCUUAUCCACCGGCAGCUUUCUACAAACCGGACGAAAUGUCUACCAGUGGACGAGAGGCUUUUUACCAAUGGUACGACCAACAGAGGGGAAAAGUGUUUGAUUUCCAGAAAGAGUUUGUAGGGUAUUGUAUCUUGGACGUCGACAUUUUAAGACGAUGCUGUGCACGGUUUAGAGGCACCCUCAGGGGGUUGGUCAACGUGGACCCUUUCCAGGAAUCCAUCACGUUUGCCAGUGCUGCUAAUUUAGCCUACCGUCGAAAUUUCAUGCCUAAAGACACCAUUGCCAUCAUUCCGAACCUCGGGUAUGAACCGGCACGACAAUAUUCGGCCAAAGCCUGUCGGUGGCUCACCUGGAUGAGUCAUCAGAAUGGAUGUCACAUGCGACAUGCCAGAAACGGAGGCGAAGUCCCGAUCGGAAAUUAUACCGUCGACGGAUACCAGGAAGCGACUCGUACCGUCUACGAAUUUUACGGGUGUUAUUGGCACGGAUGCCCCACUUGCUAUCCCAGUUUACAGACGGAAACUCAUCCUCACCGGACCCAAUUUACUUACCAACAAUUACACGAGAAAACCCUCAGAAGGACUGCAGAUUUAGAGGACAUGGGGUACAACGUGUGUAGUAUCUGGGAGCACGAUUUCGAUCAACAAGUGCAACAAGAUGAGAGUUUACAGCAAUUUGUACGAGAUCUGGACAUUCCGGAUCCUUUAAAACCUCGAGAAGCCCUGUACGGAGGCCGGACCAAUGCCACUAAAUUAUAUUGUGAAGAAGGGGACAUGAGAUACGUGGACGUGUGUUCCUUAUACCCUUUCGUGUUGAAACACAGACCUUUUCCCCUAGCUAUAGGGCAUCCCGAGAUCAUCACAGACGACUUCCAGGACGUGAGAAGUUAUUUCGGUCUCAUUCACUGUCGGGUCUUACCACCCCGAGGCCUCUUUCACCCCGUAUUACCUUAUCGGACGGGAGGUAAGUUAUUAUUUCCCUUAUGUCGCACGUGUGCCGAACAACAAGACUCUACGUCUCAAGAUCGAUGUCAACACACCGACCGGGAACGUAGUCUCACGGGUACUUGGGUGACGAGCGAAUUACAUAAAGCCCUAGACAUGGGCUAUACCUUAGAGCAAAUUUACGAAGUGUGGCAUUUCAAAGAAAGCAGUCAAGACUUAUUUAAAAACUACAUCAAUACCUUCCUCAAGAUCAAACAGGAAGCGUCCGGAUUUCCCCCCGAGUGUAAGACCUCAGAACAAGAACGAGAUUACAUAUAUCAAAUCUUCGACAAAGAAGGAUUCAUGAUGGAUAGGAUCAGUAUCAAGAAGAAUCCAGUGAGAAGAACCAUUGCUAAACUCUUUUUAAAUUGUCUGUGGGGAAAAUUUGCUCAACGCUUGUUAUUACCCAAAGUCAGAUACUUGGACGAAGUAGAGGAAUUACAUCAACUCUUACAAAAUUCGACUCUCGACAUCAAGGGUGUGCGACUCUUAGACAAUAAAGAGAACCCCGAUGAAGACAAGAUUCUAGUGAAUUUUCAAGACAAACAGGAAUUCGUCGAAGAAUGUCCCUUUGGAAACGUGAUCCUGGCUUGUUUUACCACCGCCUAUGCCCGCUUACAUCUCUACGAGACUUUACAACCUUUAGAAGAACGGGGCCUUUAUUUCGAUACGGACAGUAUCAUUUAUCAACAUAAGGAAAGAGCUUUCAAUCCUACCUUGGGUCAUAGUUUAGGAGAAUGGACCGACGAAUUAGACGGGGAUCACAUCACCAAAUUCAUGUCGGCAGGUCCUAAAAAUUAUGCUUACCGGACGGACAAAGGAACCGAGGUUCAUAAAUGCAAAGGAAUCACUUUCAACCAUCGAACCUCCCAGAUCGUGUGCCCAGAGACUUUAGAAAAAAUGCUCAAGGGAGAAAUAGAGGAAGUAAAAGUCCCCUAUCCCAGCAAAAUCCAGAGGACCCGUGAUUAUGAGGUCGUGAAUAAACCUUCAGAGAAAACAGUUAGAAUUGUAUAUGACAAGAGACAAAUUGUAGAGAAUUAUAACACUUUACCUUAUGGUUAUUGA